GAGCUCUUAUCUUCUACCCUGCUGUGGACAGAGUUGUUGAGGACAGCCCAGGGCCUGGGUCCAUUGCCAGCCUCGGGAGAGGCCAACUCUGACACACCUGUGUGUACUACCAACACCAAAGGAGGUUCAGCUCCCUCUGUAGGGACAGAAAGACAUGGCCUGGAAAUUGAUGCCACUUCUGCUUUUGGCCUGGAUAGCCACCACAUGCAGUGCCCGGGACAGAACUGACCUGCUCAAUGUCUGUAUGGAUGCCAAGCACCACAAGACAAAGCCAGGUCCUGAGGACGAGCUGCAUAACCAGUGUAGUCCCUGGAGGAGGAAUGCCUGCUGUUCUGUCAACACGAGCCAGGAGCUGCACAAGGACACCUCUAGCCUGUACAACUUUAAUUGGGAUCACUGUGGUAAGAUGGAGCCUGCCUGCAAGAGACACUUCAUCCAGGACAACUGUCUAUAUGAGUGCUCACCCAAUCUGGGGCCCUGGAUCCAAAAGGUGAACACCAGCUGGCGCAAAGAGAGGUUCCUGGAUGUGCCCUUGUGCAAGGAGGACUGUCAGAGCUGGUGGGAUGACUGUCGAACUUCCUUCACCUGCAAGAGCAACUGGCACAGGGGCUGGGACUGGUCCUCAGGAGUUAAUAAGUGCCCACUUGGGGCUGUCUGCCGUACAUUUGAGAGCUACUUUCCCACACCAGCUGCUCUUUGUGAAGGUCUCUGGAGUCACUCAUACAAGGUCAGCAACUAUAGCCGAGGGAGCGGCCGCUGCAUCCAGAUGUGGUUUGACCCAGAGCAAGGCAACCCCAAUGAGGAGGUGGCUAGGUUCUAUGCUGUAGCCAUGAAUGCUGAAGCCAUGCCCCAUGGAAUGGGUCUUCACCUGCUUGGCCUGGUCCCGAUACUGCCGCUCUGGCUCCUCAACUGAGUCCAGUCUUUGCCACACCACCAUCAGUCUGCUCCCAGCUUGGAUGACCAGGCUGGGCUCUGAUCAGCUCCCACAAAAGGGAUCCUUCAACCUGCUUCCAUCUGCACCCACCCUUCUGCCACUCAGUUCCUCCUACAUGGUAGGACUUUGGGUUCUUCCUAUAGUCAGUUCUAAUAAAUCAGUGUUUGUGAUGUA